AAAUGAGUGGUUUUGUCGCCCUCGUGUGGCAGAAAACAGUGAAGGUUCCUGAAAGUCAUUUUGGAGCAACAUGGCAACUAGGUGGGGAAUCUGCAGCGCCGGAAAGAUCAGUCACGACUUUACUGUGGCUCUGAAAACUCUUCCUGCAGAAGACCAUAAGGUUGUGGCUGUUGCAGCUCGUAAAUUGGAGGACGCUCAGGAAUUUUCCAUAAAACACAACAUCUCUAAGGCUUAUGGCAGCUAUGAGGAGCUGGCCAGAGAUCCACAUGUAGAUGUGGUGUAUAUUGGGAACAUCCACCCAUACCAUCUGAAGGCCUGUCUGCUCUUCAUGAAUGCCAAGAAGAAUAUUCUGUGUGAGAAACCGCUGGCCAUGAACACUAAGGAGGUGAAAGAGAUUCUGGACUCCGCCAAAAGGAACCAAGUCUUCCUCAUGGAGGCCAUUUGGACCCGUUUCUUCCCAGUUUCUGUGGAGGUUAGGAAGAUGCUGGCUCAGGGGGAAAUAGGAGAGGUGAAAAUGAUCCGGUCAGAGUUUGGCAUUCCCUUGUUGCACAGGCCAAGAUUAGUAGAAAAGGAGUUGGGUGGAGGAGCUCUGCUGAGUCUUGGCAUGUACUGCCUGCAGUUUGUCUGUAUGGUGUACAGUGGAGAGAGGCCAGAGAGCAUCCAGGCUACUGGGGUCUGCCUGGACACAGGGGUUGAUGAGACUGUAAUUGUCACUCUGAAGUUCUCUGAGAAGAGAAUGGCAGUGUUUACUUACUCUUCGAGUAUGAAGCUUCCCAAUGACGCCAUUAUUGUUGGAACCAAGGGCACAAUUCAGAUCCCUUCCUGGAUGUGGUGCCCCACAUAUUUAAUUGUGAAUGGAAAGGAGACCCAGUACCCCUUACCAGAACCCUGUUUGCCUCUGAAUUUCCACAACGGCACAGGAAUGCGUUAUGAAGCAGAAGAGGUCCGACAGUGUUUGCUCAAAGGGCUGAAGGAGAGUCCAGUCAUGUCUCAUUCUGACUCUCUGCUGCUUAUUGAACUGGAGGAUGAAAUCCGUAGGCAGGUGGGCGUGGUGUACAGCCAAGACUGCCAGUAAAUAUUUUACACUCGGUAUCUACACUUUGACUGAGGAAUACUUUAUAACUGAAAAUGACUUGAUUACUGUGAUCCAGCUGCACUUUGUACUCACACACUACAGCAGUGUUCCCAAUUUUUUUAUGAAAUGCCUCACUCAUAGGUUUAUGCUAAUCCCACCUAAUAUUGGGCCAGGAUUUUGUGAACUUUGCUGCAUGUAUAAGAAUCUGUAAAAUGCACUGAAACAAUCAAAACAUCAAUGAAUGUUCCAUGACUGUGAGCUGAAGCACUUCUGGUCAUGUCUAAAUGAAGAUAUCUAAUAAAAGUUUCAAUAAUA